AUGGCUGCAUACUUGGAACAAAUUGUCGAAUUGAAGGGGCAUACCGAUCGAGUUUGGUCAGUUGCUUGGUCACCUACAGGAAAAGUUCUUGCUUCUUGUGGGGGAGAUAAAACAGUUCGUUUAUGGGUACCCGUCUCCGAUGCUAACCCUUCAGAAUGGAUAUGUACACAUGUCCUAGAAGGAUCUCAUAAAAGGACAAUACGAAAUAUUUCGUGGAGUCCUGACGGACGUCAAUUAUCAACCGCAAGUUUUGACGCUCUUACUGGUAUUUGGGAACGCGACGAAAGUGGUGAAUUUGAAUGCGUCGCUACUUUAGAAGGUCACGAAAAUGAAACAAAAGCUGUUUCAUGGUCAUCAUCAGGGACGUUACUUGCUACAUGCGGCCGUGACAAAAGUGUAUGGAUUUGGGAAGUGACAUCCGAUAACGACUUUGAAUGCUUAAGUGUUUUACAAGAACAUACACAAGAUGUAAAGAUGAUAAUGUGGCAUCCUACUAAAGAACUUUUGGCGUCUGCAAGUUAUGACGAUAGCAUUAAAAUUUGGCGUGAGGAUGAUGACGAUUGGUAUUGUUCUGAUACAUUAGAAGGGCACGAUAGUACGGUGUGGGCCAUAGAUUUCGAUAAGACCGGAGAAUAUUUAGUUUCUGCAUCAGAUGACAAAACACUUAAAUUUUGGCGUUGUUAUUAUCCAAAUAAUCAGGAGGGUAUAGUAACAGUUCGUAACGAACCGAAAUGGAAAUGUGUGUGUACUUUAAGCGGUUAUCAUCAACGAUGUAUAUAUUCGGUGAGCUGGUCUAAGGUUCAUGGUUGUAUUGCAAGUGGAAGUGGGGAUAACACGAUCAGAGUGUUUAAAGAAGAUGAACCGUCCAUAUCUUCAACACUUAAUGGCAUCAGUGGUACAACCACUCCGAAUUUUUCAUUAGUUGCAUCAAUUUCUUCAGCUCAUGGAAUUGCUGAUGUAAAUCGUGUACAAUGGUAUCCAACAGAGGAACAUUCAGAUUGGUUGGCCAGUGCAGGAGAUGAUGGAGUUGUAAGAAUAUGGCGAUUCGUUGAGAAGAAUUAG